AGAAAGCCGGCUCUUGCAUGCUAGCUGUUCUUCACCUAGCUACAUAUAUAUACUCGUGCACACAGGAGUUCAGAAGUACAAAGCGUGCAGCUAGCUAUAGGUAAACAAGGUAGAAUUUGGUUGCAGGAUGUCGUCAUGGGUGGUGGAUAUGGAGAAGAAGGUCCAGGGCGCUGAGCCGCCGGCGAAGGUGGAGAAAUGGCGGAAACACUGCAUUUUCCGCGUCCCGUUGCGCUUCAAGGUGAUCGAUGGCAGGGUGAGCAGCGUAUACAAACCGCAGACAGUGUCUUUGGGCCCAUUCCACCACCACGAGAAGGACCUGAAACCCAUGGAGGAGCACAAGCUGAGGGCCGUACAUCACCUCCUCCACCGGGACAGCUGCAAGACCACACUUUCCGAGCUCGUCGCCACCAUGGAGAAGGUAGGUGAGGAGCUUCAGGAUGCCUACAUGGAACUGGGCAACGAGUGGCGGGGUGAGGAGAACAGGGGUAAGUUCCUGGAGAUGAUGAUCAUCGACGGUUGCUUCCUACUGGAGGUGAUGAGGACGGCCAUAGGUGGGAAGUACUCCAUUCCCAAGGACUACAAGCAGGAUGACCCCGUCUUUAGCUGGCAUGGCAUCCAGCACAUCAAGCCGUUCGUCCUACGCGACAUGCUCCUGGUCGAGAACCAGCUGCCACUCAGGUUGCUCGAGAAAAUCGUCACCGCAGAGAGCGGCAGAUCUCCGGCCGAGUGGGUCUUCGAUCAACUCCACGGUGCUUAAAUUCCUGGAAGGCAAAGAUGCCCCCGAAGGGUCCGAUGAGUUGGGACUGCACCCGCUCGACAUAUACCGAAGGAGCCAGCUCAAGGGCCAUCUGAAGCCUUAUCAGAGGGACCCACCGCGGGUCAUUUUUUCUUUUUCUUUAUUCUUUCUUUAUUUUUUCUCUCUUCGUCUUCACCAAUUAUAUGUAUGUGACCGGACAAUAUGAGGAUGAUAUAAGGAGUGUGAUUGUUUUGCAAAGAAAGUGAUGGUCCAAAAUAUGGGGAGUGAAAUUAAGCAAUCGUGGUUGUAGAUGCUCUUAGGAAACAACAAACGGGAAUGUGCAGUACGAGUGUAUCUUUUUUCGACGAAGGGGAGAUUUUAUUAGUUUAAAAUGAAGUAGAAACACAAAAAGCACAUAUUUGGCCUCUGCAUAGUUAGGAUGUACCCAAUCCACACGAACACGCGCACACAAACAUAAAUCACAUCGACAGCUAGCAAAGUCAUAUAAGAUGGAAGCUGUGCGAAGGUGGAUAUAGAAAACAAAGAGAAAAAGAAAAAAGAGUAGCGAUAUUUCACCGCGAGCAAGUGUUGAGCCAAUGAAGAUGAUUCAAGUGCAUGUGAUCCGGAACCUGGACACGGCCAGUGGCGGAGGCAGGGAGACCAGCAGGGGCCCUGGCCCCCCCCCUAAGAUCAGCGAUUUGCUACUAGUUAGUAGAUGAAUAGUGUAUAAUUUAGACAAAAAUACAUGUAUUAGUAUUGUUUGGCCCCUGUUAUCAAAGGUUUGAGUCAUUUGGCCCCCCAAUACUUAAUUCCUGGCCCCGCCACUGGACACGGCCACACAGAACGUGCACUCAUCUAUAAUCUAUAAUCUAUAAUACCUAAAUAGUUCAUCCCCACUAACCUAUUUCUCUUGACAUGCAGCCUAGCCACCUCAUCAUGUAUGCCCCAUACAAUCACUUCAUUUCUCAUGCAGCCAGGUCAUCCACUUUACCCCGCAAGCCUGCAUGACAAACCUGUGAUCCUGUAUGUGCCCGUCUUACGGUACUUUUUUUUUAAGAAAUCUGACUUUACUUCUUGCACAUGGGUACGCACCACCGUGGCAAUAGCUUCCUUCGCUUUCGCAUGCAUCGCGCCUCUUCCUUUCUUGCGUCUUUUAGUUUUUCCCAUAUGGCCCACACCGCUUGCUGGCGCAUGUAGUACAUAAUUACUAUUACUCUAAGAUAAACCGCCGGCCUUGAUCUCCUACACACCGCUCAAAAAAAAAAAAUCCCAGACUAUCUUGCCACUCUUCUUGAUCUCCGUCUCCAUAAACUCUGAUCCGCCUAUUUCGGCAGCUCGCCCCUUGCCGACGUCCAUAUUUUGAUUGGGAAUCAACACUACGGCGUGAUGUCGUCUGUUCGCCGCCGUUCAAGAUCGAAGCUGCAGCCUACCCCAUCUUCUGCCUGUGAGGAUCUCUGCCGCCGCAUAAGGUAGUCCCCAUCACCCGCCGCAUCUGAAAGAACAAUCUUUCUACUCGCUGCUUUAUCUGCACGGUGUUCUUUCCUGGUCUGCAGUUCAUCCUCUCUCUCUCUCUCUCUCUCU